UCGUAGGUGCGGCCUAGUUCAUAGGCGUGGUUGUUAUUUUUUUAUUAGCAGCCAAACACUCUCAAACACGAGGACUUAUCAAGGAUUUUCAGUUAGGUUCUCAGUUUCUCAUGACUUCAACAGUGCAAGGAGUUCCAGGAGGCAAGACCCACUGGAUUAAAAAGAAGAUUGCCCCAAGCAUCAAGCCCAGAGGAAAACCAUCAGCACAGCCACUGGAUCAAACCAAAAAGACCAGUAUUGACCCCAAAGUGACUAGCAAUAACGAAAUUGUAACAGAUAGUACCACUACUGCUACUGCUGAUUCUGUGCCAACAACUGGAUCGACUGCUACUAGCGCUAUCCAGCUAGUAGUAAGUGAUACUCCUCAGAUCCAAGAUAGUACUCUAGACCGCAUCACUGCUGUUGAAUGUGUUUCAAUCACUAACGAUACAUCUCCAGUUCCUAAUACUAGAACUACUGCCGUUAGUGAUAGUCCUCCUAUAUUAAACUCGCCUCCUCUUGAUGAUACAGUGUUGCCAGAGGAGACUAAUAAAGGACGACGUAGAGUCAGAACCAUCUCUUCGUCAAGUCAUAAAAGUGAUCAAGACGUAACUAGUUCAGGAGGAGAAGGAGGAGGAGGAAAUAGCUCUUUAAAAAGGAGGAAAGUUGAUAAGAAGCAGUUCAAUGAGGCACCAGACCCAUUGACAAUGACAAUGCAAGAGCUUAUAUAUUAUAAUCCGUCAUCCAAUCCAAUGAGCUCUUCAAAAGCGGACACUAGCAGAAAGAAAUCUAAGAAAACUUCAUUGGCUAGUCCACCUGAUUCACAAGGAGGUAAAAGUGUUGAAGAAAGUCCAAGUUCUCAAAGUCCAAGUACUCCAGUCAAUAACGAUCCUGAAGAGGAAGAUGGCGGUAGGAUAGUGCCACAGCUAAAGAUAGGAGCAGAUGGUACUAUACAGAUUGAUGAAGAUAGUAUGGUCGUUGAAACCUCUCAGAAGCCUUUUGAGGGUCUAAGUGACACAGUGACUGAAGAGGAAAGGCAUACGACCUCGACCUCUUUCAGACAAAGACACAAGAUAAAGAAAUGGACAAAUGAAGAAACAAAUAAUUUUUACAAGGCACUGUCUCAAGUUGGUACAGAUUUCACAAUGAUGACACUACUAUUACCGCAUAGAAAUAGAAAAGAGUUGAAGAACAAGUUUAAAAAAGAAGAGAAGAGAAAUCCUGCUAGAGUAUCGGCGACUUUAGAGAAACUCUGUUCUAAAUCUGUACAAUCAAAAUCAUAAUUCUCUGUAGUAAUGUUUUUAAAAUUAAAUUCAUCAUUAGAAUAACAUCAUGUCAUGAUUAUUGCUAUGAUUAUAAGAAAGCCAUGUUUACUUUUAA